AUGGCGGCGGGGUACGCGCGCAUGUAUCUGGCGAGGACGGGAGCGGCGGAGGGCCAGGUGCAGCAGAAGCCCCAAGUUGGUGCAUCGCAUCGUUGUGGAAGCAACAGUCCUGACCUUGAGUUGGGAGCAGAUUGUCCCGCCAAGGACCCGAAGGGCAGCAAAGAUGCACAGGAUGCAUUGUGCUGCACAGGGCUAGGGGUUGGUGAAACAUCAAUAGGAGGCCCUUUUCAGCAGCAGGAGGGGGCAAAUCAGGCUGAGAGGACUUCCCCUGGGUGCUGCAAUCGGAUGAAGAAUCCCAAGGGAGGAGGAAAGACUCAAUCGCUUGUCAGGAAACGGGAACGCCAAAAGGACAGGUGUGCAGUCCUCCUGAUGGGUGGUCACAAAAGUGGGAACAGUCGCUUUCCAACGAGGACACUACUUAAGGUUCUACAGCAUGCACCCAAUCUGUUCCACAAGAAUCGCAUUGUGGCUGUCAACAAAGACAUCACACAGAUCGGGAGGCUUCCUGAGCGAUACCUCGAUGCAAAGGUUGCUGGGAUGUGCAAGGAUUGA